AGGCAUGUUGCAGCGCGUUUGGGAAGUUGAAAGCGAAACUUCCUGCAACUUCAGUGACGGUUGCGACAGGAGCGGCCGAGUGGAUAAAACUGUACCCUUUCCAGCUUUGGCCCAUGCAGAAACCGAACCAACUUUCCGACAGAUAUCAAUAUGGAAUACAUUGACAAGAUUUUUAGUGCAGCAAAGAUUAUAUACUCUCUCUGCAGUGAGGUAAAAAUGAAUCGCAAACGAUGCAACCGUUUAAAGUGUCGAAUUGAAUUCCUCUUGCAACCUGUAAAGGCAAUAAAGGAAGAAGACCUAUUAGAUAACUUAACAAACAUUCUGAAGGAGAUGGUGGAGAUUUUGGAGCGUGCAAGUGAUUGUGUCAUGUCUUUCACCAACAAACAUUGGCUUUCCAAAGCCUUCAAAGCUUUUGCAAUCAAGGAAGAGUUUAAUCAUCUCAAUGAAAGAUUGAACGAUGCUGCUAUAGCUUUGAACCUCGCCUUGAACACUGAACAGACCAAAAUGCUUCUGACUAGAUUUAAGAAGGAGGACGACAUGCAAGAUACUGAGGAAGAUCAGAGGUAUCUAAACUCAUUGGAGAAGGAAUUAGAGAAAGCGUUGCAUUCCAUUGAAAAUAAAAUUCAACAUGCUAUGGUGACUGUGAAUGAUAACUUAGUAGAAAUGAAAGUGGACCUGAAAGACGUCAAACGUAUAAUUGAGUCAUACCAAGAUAAACCUUCAGCUCCCCCAGUGCAGGAAAUUCUGGAAUUAAACCGAGAUGACAUUGAAAUAGAGACCAAGCUUGAAUCUAAAAUCAAUAAUUCCAAAUAUUAUAAGGGAACGUUACAUAAAUUUCCAGUAGCUAUUAAACGUUUUGAUAAUUUUGGAUUCUCCAAUGUGGAGGAAAUACGUAAAACUUUUCACAAAGAAGCUGAAACCAUGAAGUACUUUGAAUCCCCAAAUAUUGUGCGAAUUUAUGGAAUCUGCAUUGAUCAAAGCAGUUCCAGCCCUGAAUUCCUGAUUGUGAUGGAGUAUUGUGAGCAUGGCAGCUUGCACAGUUUUCUGGAAGGCGAGUGGCAUCUCAGCUGGCAGAGUCGUGUUCACAUGGCAUUGGAUGCGGCCUGUGGCUUGUACAGGAUGCACCAAUCAACAGGGAAGUUCAAACUCCAUUGCUCUAUUGACAGCACCAGAUUCCUGGUUGACAACGGUCUGAGAGUGAAACUGGGGGGCAUGGACUUGGCAAAGACAGAGACCUCAAUCCGACGAAUCAGCACCAGCCAGAAAUCCCAGUUGUUGCCGUACAUCUCACCACAGCAAAUGAGCAACAUCAACUACCAAUACGACAAGCCCUGUGAGGUGUACAGUUUUGGGAUUGUUCUUUGGGAGAUAGCAAGCUGUAAAACACCUUUCAAAGAUUGCAGCAGUCAAGAGAUCCACAAAAAGGUUUGUGAGGAGCGAGUCCGUGAGUCUCUGCCAAGUGACUGCCCCAAGGAGCUUUGUGAGCUGAUCGAUGAAUGCCGCACUUAUGAUCCCUUUGAGCGUCCAAAGGCUGGAGCUAUCAUGGACAGGCUGAAGAAUAUUCUAAAGAGAAUUACUGAAAUAACCAAAGAAGCAAGGGAUUGAAUCAAGCAUCCAUCUGAUCUCUAUACUCCACUCAUGUUUGGCUCGGUCGAAGCGAUAACAUUUGUUUAGGCAUCUUACAACCUUAUGCAACCUGAAUUUGGCUUUUUGCGAAUUUAGCUUUGUGCCUUCCAUGAAGAAUUUCUCCUCUCUCCGAUGGAAGUUCUGUGAGACUCUCUCACUUCUCCUCCAGCCGCCCCCACCCCCUUCCCCACCUAUGAUUCCUGCUGCUCUCCUGCUCUAUGACCAUGUUCUGACCCAAACUCGCUUCCACAGCCAUUAGUGCUUCCAGAGCUUUUUCGUCUAUCCUCAGUUACUCCUGCACUUUAGGUCUUUAUUUAUGUAAACCAGCAUCUGCAGUUCCUUAUAUCUAACAGAAAUAAAAUGCAUUCCAUUGUCCAA